AUGAAUACUGCAAAGCGACAGUCUCAGGGGGUGCCGUCGCGGUGCUGGUGUGGGAGAGGGAUUGUCAUAUUCUAUUCAAAAACUGAUGAGAAUCCUUACCGACGUUUUUAUAGAUGCGAGAUAGGGGCACAGCGGAAGAUGGAAAACCAUUUAUUUAAGUGGGUUGAUGAAGCUUUGCUUGAUGAGAUUCGAAGAGUGGAGGCUAUGCAAGGGAAAAUUGCAGAACAGAUUGAAGAUCUGAAACAGAGUUUGAAGAAGACAGUGGAAGAAGAAGUUAGGAAGCAAAAAAAUUCUCUUGAGCUGGGUUGUUUAGGAACCAUUCUAUGGAUUUUUGGAAGAUUAAGAAGCCAAGAAUGA